AUGAAAACGUUGACUGCCAACCUUAGUACAUCUGAGCAAGAAGAACAACUUUGGGAGAAAUGCUCGGUGGUGCUGUUGCUUGAUGAUGGCGAGGAGGAUUUACAUACCGAAUCAGCUAGCAGAGUUCAUACAAUUAAUAUAAUAGAAGCCAUAGAUGAUCGUAUGAAGGCCCUAAAUAAGUAUGAUAGAGAGGACGCUGAUCAAGAUGCGGAAAGAGCUGAACAUCUUAAUCGUGAAUUGAAGCACGCACGUGAUACAUCAGCCGUAGCAGAGGAACGUAUCCGUGUCUUGGAACAUGAGAUUCAAACCGAAUAA